CCCAUCAAUCCUGCGGUUCGCAACCUUUCAAAAAUAAAAAAUCCUGCAGUUCUUCCCCGUCCCCCGCCCGCAGCCACCGCAACGCGCCUCCCUCCGCCGUGCCGAAGCCGGAGAGCUCGGCAGCCGCCUGCCGCGGUGCCGCCCAGCCAGCAAACAGCCGGUUCCGCCGUGCGCGUCGCGACAAAGCACGGGAAACAGCGGCCGGCACCGCGAAUAUACCCAGCCCGCGGCCACUCCCCGUCUCCCUCCCUCCCUCCCCUUUCCGCUUUGUUCACUUCCGCGCCGCUCGCUGCCGUGCCGUGCCGUCCCGCCCUCCCGCGCCGCACGGCUCACAUCCCAUUUCCACUCACCCGACCUCCCAAAACCCACACGGACUCGCGGGCGCCAGCAUGGCGGUGGCCUCCGCCUCGCCCCUCCCGGCGGCGUUGUCCGCCAAGCCCGGCCCCGCCCGCUCGCCGCCGCGGCCCGCUCCCGGCUUCCUCCCGCUCCGCGCCGGCGGAGCCCCGCACCUCGGCCCCGUCGCCGCGUGGAGGGGGAGGAGGUGGUUCCGCGCGGAGGCGAUAAAGACGCAGCAGGACAAGCAGCAGACGGAGGCGCCCGUCGAGGAGUCCUUCCCCGUGAGGGAGGCCGCGCCGCUGGACGGAGCGGACGACCCGAUGGUUCCCUCGGACGAGAGCUGGGUGGUCAAGCUCGAGCAGUCGGUCAACAUUUUCCUCACGGAGUCGGUGAUCAUGGUACUGGAUGGUGUUUACCGUGAUCGGAACUACGCCAGAUUUUUUGUGCUUGAGACGAUUGCUAGGGUGCCGUAUUUUGCAUUUAUAUCGGUGCUUCACAUGUAUGAAACCUUUGGCUGGUGGAGGAGAGCUGAUUAUAUAAAGGUUCACUUUGCCGAAAGCUGGAAUGAGUUCCAUCACCUCCUAAUCAUGGAAGAAUUGGGUGGCAACGCUUUAUGGAUUGAUCGUUUCCUUGCUCGGUUCAUGGCAUUCUUUUACUACUUCAUGACUGUUGGGAUGUACAUGCUGAGCCCAAGAAUGGCAUAUCAUUUUUCUGAAUGUGUGGAGAGGCAUGCAUAUUCAACUUAUGACAAGUUUCUCAAGCUCCAUGAAGAGGAGUUGAAAAGACUACCAGCUCCAGAGGCAGCUCUAAACUAUUACCUGAAUGAGGACCUUUAUUUAUUUGAUGAGUUUCAGACAGCAAGAGUUCCAUGUUCUAGAAGGCCUAAAAUAGAUAACUUGUAUGAUGUAUUUGUCAAUAUACGAGACGAUGAGGCAGAGCACUGCAAGACAAUGAAGGCCUGCCAAACGCAUGGAAAUCUUCGCUCUCCUCACUCAGCACACAACUGCUCGGAAGCAGAUAUGGAAUGUGUAAUACCCGAAAAUGAUUGUGAAGGUAUCGUGGAUCGUGUGAAAAAGUCACUUACAAAGUAAAGUCCGAGACAUCUAUCUUUUGUGUUUUCAGUCAUUAUAGUAUACAAAAUUUUGAUGAUAUUCCUUUUGUUUUUCAUUUUCCCAUAAAAUUAGGAAAUAGUCGUCCUACAGUUAUUUUUUUAUUUUGUGCCAUAUAUUACAGAAGUCAGUGUAGAUGCAGUAUGCAACAUAAUCAAAUGUCUUAAGUUUGAAAAGAUGCCAAUUCAAGCCGAGUGAAACAUUGCCGA